UUUAUAUAAACUUCCACCUGAGAGCCAUCCAGUCGCAGGCCGCUUUUCGUUACAUACACAAUCGCUUCUUCAUUUGACCAACACAAGCUGAGAGCAACAGUAGCCUCCCUCCGUGACUGGAGAUCUGAGAGAGCAGCCGCCGCCGCGUCUGACAGCAUCGCAGCGUCCAUCUGAGGCGAUACACACAUGUUCGACCGGUUUAUUUCUCUCGUACGCUGUCUGUCAAGGGCUCAUAUUGUGUGUAAAGCUGACGGUUCAGCCACAAGCCAGGAAUGAGGACGCGUCAGACGCAUCUACUCUCUGACUGGGCAUCGCGUUUCGACGACGAACCUGAGCUUCGGCCGUUUGGACAACAACAGAAUAUAGCCGAGACAGCCGCUGCCGUAGCUCUUUAUACCUGUGGGACACUGUUUUGCUGCUAAUUCCGUUUAUAGACACCCAUUUUUAUUACGCUGUCCUGACAGACGCGUUUCUCAGUGUGUCAGUCUAGUGCGCUUGAUGCAAACCCUGAGUGAACUUACCAGGUAAACACCGUUUUUACCUCGUUCUUGUAUCGAAUGUUGUUUACUUUGGCAUUAUGUAGCUCCUGGCGCAUUUGGAACAGGCGUUUUUACGAGCGAAUGCUAAGGUAAUAUCUAAAUGUUGUCUUGAACUAAUAAUGGCAGAUGAGGCUUAUGGCGAUAUCAUCACGGGCUGGAUGGCGUUCCACAUCCGCGCGCUGUCGUCCCCAAACCGGGUGAAGUGAACGGCACACCGGGAAGCAAGGCUUCAAAACCUGCUCACGUCAAACUGCACUGAAACUUAAAGGCUAAACGAUGUCUAAAACGCUGAAGAGGAAGAAACACUGGUCCACUAAAGUGCAGGAGUGCGCCGUGUCGUGGGGAAGCGUUGGGGAGUUCGGUGAUGUUGUGGAGAUCCUCGGAGGCGCCGAGCACGGGGAGUUCCCGUUCCUCGGUCAGAUGAACUUAGACGUGCUGGUGUGUCACGUCGGGAGGCUACCGUACUACGGGGAUGUGUUAUUGGAAGUGAACGGGACACCUGUCAGCGGGCUGACGAACCGAGACACACACGCGGUGAUCCGCCACUUCCGAGAGCCGAUUCGAAUUAAGACCGUCAAACCAGGUAAAGUGCUGAAUGCUGAUUUGAGGCAUUAUCUUAGUCUGCAGUUCCAAAAAGGAUCAAUCGACCACAAACUGCAGCAAGUGAUUCGAGACAACCUGUACCUGCGCACCAUUCCAUGUACCACCCGGCUGCCCAGAGAUGGGGAGGUUCCAGGAGUAGACUAUAAUUUCAUCAGUGUGGGGGAUUUUCGCAUCCUGGAAGAGAGUGGAUUACUGUUGGAGAGCGGAACAUAUGAUGGGAACUUCUAUGGCACUCCCAAACCUCCUGCGGAGCCCAACUUGGUUCAGCCUGACCUGGUCGACCAGGUUUUGUUUGAGGAGGAUUAUGGCACCGAAGUCCAACGAAAGCGAACAACCUCUGUCAGCAAGAUGGACCGCAAGGACAGUGUGGUCCCUGAGGAAGAAGAGGAUGAGGAACGGCCACAGCUCUCAAACGGCAUCCCAGAACUUCCAUAUGGAUGGGAGGAGAUUGAUGACCCGCAGUACGGCACAUACUACGUUGAUCACAUAAACCAGAGAACCCAGUUUGAAAAUCCGGUUCUAGAGGCCAAGAGGAAACUCGGUUUGGACACUGCAGUCGCAACGCAGACCCAACAGAGGGCAGCACCUCCUCCAGGGGGAGCUGCUGGUACGCCGGGGUUCUCGCGGGACCCAACCCAGCUGAAGGGGGAGCUGUAUCACACGGCUCUCAGGAAGAGCCAGCAGGGCUUUGGUUUCACCAUCAUUGGUGGAGACCGACCUGAUGAGUUCCUGCAGGUGAAGAACGUUCUUGCUGAUGGCCCGGCCGCCCAGGACAACAAGAUGGCCUCUGGUGAUGUAAUUGUGGAAAUCAACGGCACACUUGUCUUAGGCAAGACCCACGCCGACGUGGUCCACAUGUUCCAGUGCAUCCCAAUUAAUCAGUACGUUGACAUGGUCCUCUGUCGUGGAUACUUGCUUCCCCCUGACGUGGACGUGGACAGCGAGGAUCUUCCCCCUCCACCUCCACCUCCGACAGGAGAGAUCGUAACUGCCGUACCCCUCAUCAAUGGCCAGCCACUGCUGGUCAAAGGUGACGCCCUUCACGGCUCCUCCCAAGAGCUUCACUACGUAACCACAGAUGCCAGUGGGCGGCCGGUGGUCGCUGCUCUUCCAGGAGGCAGCAGCAGCGGUGCCAAUGACAGGCCCGAGACGGGGAGGCUGCAGCCGGAGCUGGUGAGCGUGCCAAUCGUGAAGGGACCUGGAGGAUUUGGCUUCGCCAUUGCAGACUGUCCUCUGGGGCAGAAGGUGAAAAUGAUCCUUGAUGAGCAGUGGUGCCGAGGCCUGUUGAAAGGAGACGUGAUAAAAGAGAUUAACAGGCAGAACGUGCAAACGCUGAGCCACGCGCAGGUGGUGGAUAUACUGAAGGACCUCCCGGUGGGCAGCGAGGUGAAUCUGUUGGUGUUGAGAGGAGGUCAGACGUCGCCUGUGAAGAGUUUAAGACCUAGACCGGGGUUGAGUGCCAGCACUGAAACUCUGGACCGUUGCCAUGACACCAUGGUUCCCCAGGCUUUGACCUAUCACUCAAACACACUGCCAUGCAGCUCUCCAAAACAAGACGCUUCCCUGCACUACAGCAAACCCAAAGCCUUGCCGGAGAGCACAGUACCUCACUAUAAAGAGUUGGACGUGUUCAUCAAGAGAGAUCAGGAGACAGGCUUUGGCUUCCGUGUGCUUGGAGGAGAAGGUGCAGAACAACCAGUCUACAUUGGUGCCAUCAUUCCCCAGGGGGCGGCAGAGAAGGAAGGCCGUCUGAGGGCCGGAGACGAGCUCGUUGGUAUCGAUGGCAUCACUGUGAAGGGGAAAUCUCACAAACAAGUUCUGGAUCUGAUGACUAACGCAGCACGCAAUGGACAAGUGCUGCUUUCAGUACGCAGGAAGGUCAUUUACAAAGAUGCCCUGGAGGAUGUUGGGAGCGGAGCAUUGACCCUUGUGAAUGGCUCACCUCGGCUUCCACAUAUCCAGGUGCCAAGCAUCAAGGACCAGGGGUCGUUUGAUAUCACGCUCCAUCGUAAAGAUAACGAGGGCUUUGGCUUUGUCAUUCUCACAUCGAAGAGCAAACCGCCUCCUGGAGUGAUUCCUCAUAAGAUCGGUCGAAUAAUCGAGAGCAGUCCGACUGACCGCUGCGGACUGCUGAACGUGGGUGACCGCAUUUCCGCUGUGAACAGCCAAUCCAUUGUAGAGCUCUCUCACAAUGACAUUGUUCAGCUUAUCAAAGACGCGGGGAACUCCGUCACACUCACCGUGGUUCCUGAGGACGAGUACAAAGGCCCACCCUCAGGAGCCAGUUCGGCCAAACAAAGUCCAGCACCGCAGCACAAGAUUCUCAAAUCCACUCAGGAUGAGAGAUAUAAUUUGGAUAUGGAUGAGAUCAGGGAUGAGCUCGUACGGACAGAGUAUAAAGCUCUUCCCAUGAGUGAACAGGGAACGCUGUGUGUCGCUAGCUCCAAACAGGGCUGUAUUGCGGUAGAGUUGGAGCGUGGACCUCGUGGUUUUGGCUUCAGUCUGAGAGGAGGAACGGAGUAUAACAUGGGCCUCUACAUCCUGCGACUGGCUGAGGACGGCCCUGCUCUACAGGACGGCAGGAUACUCGUAGGAGAUCAGGUAGUGGAGAUCAAUGGAGAACAGACGCAAGACAUUAGUCACACCAGAGCCAUUGAGCUGAUCCAAGCUGGAGGAAACAAAGUGCUACUGUUACUGCGACCGCAAGCCCUCUUAUCAGAGAACAGAGAUGUUAUCCUUCCUAAUCCGCCGGGAUCCAACACUUCCAACAUUCCUCUCAGUUCUCCUCUCCUUCAUCCGCCAUCCACCUCAGCGAAGAAGGAAAUGUCAGACCUGACAAGCUACUUUGCCCGUUCUCGCGACUCCUUGGAUCUGGCCUGCGAGGAUCCUCACUCUAAAGACAGCAAGAGGGAGAAGCGUGCCAAACCACCAAACGCCAGCUCUUCCAGAGUCCCGCAGCAACGGCGCAUCAAGAGUCGGUCCGCUGAGAAUCUCCUUGAUCUCGGAGAUACAGAGAAAUCCAAAAGCCCAUCCAAAGACAAAGCUUGCAGCCACAAAGAAAAUCUGCAACAAAGCACUCGAGACUCCCACAAGAACAGAAAGUCUUGCCAACAUAGUCGCUCAGUCAGUCCCCAGAAGUCAAAGCAUGAAGGACAGGAAGAAGUAAUUGGCGAAGCGCAGGGACGGAAAAAGGAACGUCGUGUGAAGGGGACGGCGAGCUUGGACCAGAAGAAAAGUGACGCUGAAAGAAGGAAAAAACAGGAAUCUAGAGGAAGGAAACUAAAUGAGACCCAAGAAGGGGAGGAGAGGUGGAGAGCUGAGAGAAAAGUGAGAAACAAAGGAGAGGAUGAAAUGCUUGAGCCAAAAGGGGAAAUGGAGCUCAAAAGCACCCGAAAGAAGAAAAAACAGAGAGAUAGAGACAUGCAAAAUGAGGACACCCACAUAUCGAGCAGAGAGGGAGACAAGAAGAGCAGACAAACAAAGGAUAAGGGGGAUCAAACAGAAGAAAACAGGAAGGAAAUGAUUACAGAUAAGAAUGAAAGCAAAAGAAAAGGAAAUGAGAGCAAAGACAAGAAAUAUGACAUUGUCACCACAGAUGUGGCUCCAGUCACCACCAGGGCGAGUCUAGUCUUUGACCACCCUGGACCCUUGAGCGACGGCCUUUGGAAGAUCCCUAGUUUUGCACGUAUCCUCACGCACGAGGAAGUGAUGCGAGAUGUUUGCGAAUAGUUUGGCGAUCCUUGGGAAUAGAAGGUUUAAGGCCAGAAACAUACACAAGUACGUGAAUGCAAAUGCUUCUAGCUGUGAUUUCACACAGUUCAUCAUGGAUUGCAAGUUGCAUUCUCAACAUUUCAGCACUAUCGUGGGAAUAUCGCGAGUUAGUUAAACUAUCGACAUGUUUAUAGCUAGCUACCUAAAUAACAUCACAUCUGGUUUAUUGGCACAGACAUUUGAAGAAAACUAGAGUACAAGACUAAGCAUCUUCAAGAGGUAGUCAAAGUACUCAAGGGGCUGAUUGAGAUUUCUUUAUGCAUCUAUGUACAGCAGGUCAGUGUUUCAAGCAUUUGCACUUGUGUGGAACAUUGCCUAGCCAAACUUCUCCUAACAUGUUCCUUAUACUGAAAAAAAAAUCUGAUGUUGAGUUUAAUAAUAUAAAAUUUAUGGAAAAAUUGAUACAGCAUAUAAUACAUUCUACUGCAUAAACUCAAAAAUAAAAAAAGUCUGUUACUUGUGAAUUGUGGCUUGCAAAUAAGCCUCAUGUUGUUCCAAACCUUUUUUUCUUCUGUGGAGCACAAAAGAAGAUAUUUUGUAGAAUUAAGUUCUAUAGUGUUUGUUGUCCAUACUAUGAAAUCGAUGAGACCCAAAACUGUUUGGUUGCCAGAUUUCUUUGAAAUAUUAUCUUUUAUACCCUAAACCGUUUUGGGUCCCAUUGACUUCCAUAGUAUG